AUGGAUGCGUUACUGACGGAUUUAAUCACAGAUUGGUUACAGAGAAGGAAAAUUUCAAGGCAGGAAGAUUUGGAUGUAAGUGCUAUAAUAAAUGCGUGGGGGUAUACAGGAAUGCCCGCAGACUUCGACGGGUAUGGGCGUAUUGAGCGCAUAGACCUAUAUACACUACAGGACUAUAUGUGA